AUGUUAGAAGUGAAGUGAAAAUGGGGAAGAUUUAGCAAAAUUCCAUCGUGUCUUCAGUCAGGUUUGAAAGGAGGAGAAUGGAGUGAGAUCCUCAGGCUGCUGGAAUUUCUGGACAGCCAGAAAGCCCCUAGAAGUCAGUGGCAAUGAGGUUUCUUCGUUUAAACUGAUAAAGGGGACAGGCCCCUUUAACCAGUCCCCCAAGUGUGAGUACCUUUCCUGCUCAGCAUGGUAAGCGAGAAGGCACAUGCCAGCCUCCUUGGACAUAGCUGUGUGAUCCCAGACACGGCAAGAGAGGAGCAGUGAUCACCAGCCCUGCCACUCACUUCCCGAGGGCUCCCGGGCUUUGGAAGAAGCAGGAGAAGCAACAGCAGCAGCCGCACAGCCCCGGCCAGAGCUGGAGCCGCAGGCAUGAACUGCAAGGAGGGAACUGACAGCAGCUGUGGCUGCAGCGGCAACGAGGAGAAGAAGAUGCUGAAGUGUGUGGUGGUCGGAGACGGCGCCGUGGGGAAAACCUGCCUGCUGAUGAGCUAUGCCAAUGAUGCCUUCCCCGAGGAGUACGUGCCCACGGUGUUCGACCACUACGCAGUUACUGUGACAGUGGGAGGCAAGCAACACUUGCUCGGGCUGUACGACACAGCAGGACAGGAGGACUACAACCAGCUGAGGCCUCUCUCCUACCCCAACACCGAUGUGUUUUUGAUCUGCUUCUCUGUGGUAAAUCCAGCCUCCUACCACAAUGUCCAGGAAGAGUGGGUCCCGGAGCUGAGGGACUGCAUGCCGCACGUGCCUUACGUCCUCAUAGGGACCCAGAUCGAUCUCCGUGAUGACCCCAAGACCUUGGCCCGUUUGCUCUACAUGAAGGAGAAACCUCUCACUUACGAACAUGGUGUGAAACUUGCCAAGACGAUUGGAGCACAGUGCUACUUGGAAUGCUCGGCCCUGACGCAGAAAGGUCUCAAAGCUGUUUUUGAUGAAGCGAUCCUCACCAUUUUCCACCCCAAGAAAAAGAAGAAACGCUGCUCCCAGGGUCACAGCUGCUGUUCAAUUAUCUGAGGUAAUCUCUGCAGAGGAAUGAUGGACACGGCAGCACAGCUGACCCGCACACAGGUUGACUUUCUUACAGCCUGCUUCUUAUGUGACGGCUAUUCUUAGUACACUUUUCCUAACUAAUGGAAUAUUAUUUCGUAUAAGCCUUACCCUUGCGUUUUAUGUUAUGCCAAGUUCUGACAUUUAGUCUUUUUUCCUGCUCUCAUCACCGGGUUAUCUGAGGGUGAGUCCCUCAGCCACUGAUGAAAAGUGCCUUUCCUAACCCUCUGCUAGAGUGGGAAUUGGUUAAGCCCUUUGCUACUUGAAGUGUGGGCCUCAAAGUCAAGAGGGACUCUGGGGGAGCUGGUUAGAACUGUUGAGUCUCAGGCCCAAUUCAGACCUACUGAGUUCAAAUUCUUAUUUUAACAAGACCCCUAGGUGAUUUUUGUGCAUAUUAAAAUUUGAAAAAUACUGAUUUAGGAGACAACCAAGUGUGUUAUCAGUCACUAGACCCAGAAUGUAGCUGUGUGAGGUGAUUCAGAAACCAUCAGCUUCCCUUGUCUCUCUGAUACCACCUUUUGGGUAUUGCACAUUUACUGUAUAAAUAAAAAGGUUUUCAAAAGUCCUUUUUCCUCCUUGUCAUGUGCUGCCCAGCUGCAUUAAAGGAAGAAGCAUAUUUGGGGAUGGAAAGCACAAAAGCAGCAUCUGGUUUGAAAGAUCUGCUAAAUCGAAAGUACUUCUGUUCUAAAUCUCUUUGGCAUGUAUAAGAGAGAGGGGGAAAAAUGCCCUCCAAAAUUAUUUUCCAUGAAGAAAUCGGAAUCAUAUCACAUGAAGGUAUGAACAUAUAAAACAAAGACAAAACAAAUUCCUAAGUCAAAAAAAAAGUGUAAAGCUUCUGUGUGGCUGCUUAAGACACACUGCUUUGCAUGCCAGAAUAAGGGUUGACUACAAACUUGUCCUCUUAACAGAACAUUCCAUAGAUUUAUAUCAUUAUUGCCCUAAACACAGACCAGAGCUGUACUCACUUAUCCAACAUCUCUGGGAAACAUGUUUUGUUCUCCCUACCCACACCCCAUCCUUUGCACAAAAGCACUUAAAAAAAAAUGUGUGCACGCAUACACACACACACACACACACACACACACACGUGCGCGCGGAAGCCCAUCAUCUCCUUCACAUUCCAUUGCUGCUAAGGAAGUCCUGAACAUCUAUCACACCUACCUGACAACAAUCCAAGAGCAAACACAAGCACCCCCAUUUCCUUUGUACCCAGUCCACUCAUUUUCAGGCUGAGAACCAGAUGGCCCCAUGCAGCCCCUGGGGGCAGCCUCUAUCCCAAGCACCUGCACCCCGCAGUGUCCCUUCACCCCGCCAGCAGAGCUCUGGCUCUGCUGCUUUCAAACAAAUGUCCUCCUUCCUUGUCUAGGCUGCAGGAACCUACUUGUGCCCCAAGAUACCACUAAACAGAAAAAGUUUUAAACUGGGGCAGCUUUUACAUCUGGGAG